CCGGGAUAACGGGAACGGCGGGGAUAACGGCAUUGCUGGGAAUCAUGGCGGCGCGGGGGGACACGGGGCAGCGCGAUUAGCCGCGGGCUGGGCGUGCUCGGAGCGUCUCGGGGCUGCUGCCGGAGCCUGGAAUGAGGGAAUGGGAGCGCUGGGAAUUAUUUGGGAAUGCGGGAAUGUGGGCCGGGAAUGUGCGGGAAUGCGGGAUAUGGGCUGGGGGAAUGUGGAGUGCUGGAAUCCCGGCUCUGGGAUUCGGGAAUACGGGAUCUGGAAUUUCCUGGGAUCCCCUGAGGGUUUUCCUGGAAUUCUGAAGCGUUUCCUGGGAAUACCAGGAUUUCCCUGGGAAUGUCAGGAUUUUCCUGGAAUUCUGAGGAGUUUCCUGGGAAUAGCAGGAUUUCCCAGGAAAAGCUCCAUCUGAGCUGCUCCAGCUCCAUUUUUCCUGGUUUUCCCUGCAGGAAUCCCAAGAGGAAUCCGUAAAUCCCGGGAUUUUUGCCUCUGGAAGCUCGAGAUGCAUUAGGAUUCCCAGAAUUCCCAGAAUUCCCUUUCCCUAAGGAAUGCAGCACCAUGCGCUGCCUGGCCCGCCUCAGCUCCAAGGCUCUCCUGGUGCUCUGCUCCCUCCUGGCUCUGCUCUCGCUGCUGCUCUGGGCCCGCUGCUCCCAGCCCGCUCCGGAACGCCGCGGCAGCGCCGCCGGAAUUCCCGACGGCGAGGAGGCCUCGCCGGGAAAGGCGGGAAUGGCGGCGGGAAUGGCGGCGGGGCCCAGGUACGAGGAGAUCGACUGCGUCAUCAACGAGGAGCAGACGGUGAAGGGGCGGCGCGAGGGCCAGGAGGUGUUCCUGCCCUUCAGCUGGCUGGAGAAAUACUUCCAGGUGUACGGGCGCAUCGCCCAGGCCGAGGGCCGCGAGCGCUUCGAGUUCUCCCACAGCUACUCCAAGGUGUACGCGCAGCGCGCGCCAUACCGCCCCGACGGCGUCUUCAUGUCCUUCGAGGGCUACAACGUCGAGCUGCGCGACCGCGUCAAGUGCAUCAGCGGCGUGGAAGGAGUUCCUCUCUCCACGCAGUGGGGCCCUCAGGGCUACUUCUACCCCAUCCAGAUCGCCCAGUACGGGCUGAGCCACUACAGCAAGAACCUGACGGAGAAGCCGCCGCACGUGGAGGUGUACGAGACAGCGGGAGACGGGAACGGGAACGGGAAUGGGAACGGGGAAUGGACAGUGCCCAAGGGCUGCUCCCUCACCACCGUCUGGGACAAGUCCCGGCUCACCGGAGUCAAGCAGUUCUCCUGCCCAGAAAGCUCCGAGGGCGUCUCCCUGGAGCUGAACAACGGCCGGGAUUUCAUCAUCUCCUUCGACCUGAAGCUGCUGAGCAACGGCAGCGUGUCCGUGGUGUUGGAGACCACGGAGAGGAACCAGCUCUUCACCGUGCACUACGUGUCCAGCACGCAGCUCAUCGCCCUCCGCGACCGGGACAUCUUCUACGGCAUCGGCGCGCGCGGCAGCUGGAGCACGCUGACCCGGGACCUGCUGACGGACCUGCGCAAGGGCGUGGGGCUCUCCAACACCAAGGCGGUGAAGCAGACCAAGAUCAUGCCCAAGCGGGUGCUGCGCUUGGUGGCCAAAGGCCGCGGCCUCCUGGACAACGUCACCAUCUCGGCCACCGCCCACAUGGCCGCCUUCUUCGCCGCCAGCCGCUGGCUGCUGCGCAACCAGGACGAGCGCGGCGGCUGGCCCAUCAUGGUCACCAGGAAGUUGGGAGAAGGCUUCAAAUCCUUGGAUCCGGGCUGGUACUCGGCCAUGGCGCAAGGCCAGGCCAUGUCCACGCUGGUCAGGGCCUACCAGCUGACCAAGGAUCCGGCGUUCCUGGGCGCGGCGCUGCGGGCCACGGCGCCCUUCAAGCUGCCGGCGGAGCAGCGCGGGGUCAAGGCGGUGUUCAUGAACCGGCACGACUGGUACGAGGAGUACCCCACCACGCCCAGCUCCUUCGUGCUCAACGGCUUCAUGUACGCCCUGAUCGGCCUCUACGACCUGAAGGAGACGGCGGGGGAGAAGCUGGGCAAGGAGGCGCGGCUGCUCUACGAGCGCGGCAUGGAGUCGCUCAAGGCCAUGCUGCCGCUCUUCGACACCGGCUCCGGCACCAUCUACGACCUGCGGCACUUCAUGCUGGGCACGGCGCCCAACCUGGCGCGCUGGGACUACCACACCACCCACAUCAACCAGCUGCAGCUGCUGGGCUCCGUCGACGACGCGCCCGUCUUCAAGGAGUUCGUCAAGAGGUGGAAGAGUUACCUGCGGGGAGGGCGGGCCAAGCACAACUGAGCUCCUCCCGCCCGCCCUUCCCAAAAACACGGGCCUUAAAACUGCUCCCGGGAAAGCUUGGGAUCGGGACGCUCUCCGGCGCCGAGGUUGGGGUUUUGUUGGGAUUGGCGUUUCCUCUCCCAAGGGAAACCUUUGCAGAAGCCAUAGAAGUCUCGUGGGGCGCGGUGGCUGCCCGGAGGGCGCAUCCAGCGCCUCUGGAAGUGGGAUUUUGUGUCCGUGGUGUUGGAGCGGCUCCCGCGGGAUGAGCGCCGUGCACGGGAAUCGCUCGGAGCCUGGGAGAGCGAAGCGUGGCUUUAAAGCGGUGAGGGGGGAGGGGGGGUUUCCCUAGGGAUUCGCUUUUUCGGGACGAAAAAUCCCCAGUUGGAAUUUUUCGGCAGCUUCUCUGCCUGGAGAUCCUGGAGCUGGAGGGUUUUUUCAUGGAAAACACGUGCCCGGCAUUAUGGAAGCACAACUGGGAGCCUGGAGCACACAGCCCCAGGCCACCAGCACCGGUGUCCCCUCGGAGCUGGGAUCUUUAUCCCGGUCACUGGAAUUCCCUCAGAGCUGGGAUCCCUUAUCCCGGUGACUGGAAUUCCCUUGGAGCUGGGAUCCCUUAUCCCUGUCACCAGAACUCCCUGGGAGCUGGGAUCCUUAUCCCAGUGACUGGAAUUCCCUUGGAGCUGGGAUCCCUUAUCCCUGUCACCGGAAUUCCCUCAGAGCUGGGAUCACUUAUCCCUGUCACUGGAAUUCCCUCGGAGCUGGGAUCUUUAUCCCGGUCACUGGAAUUCCCUCGGAGCUGGGAUCCCCUUUCCCGAUCACCAGAAUUCCCUCAGAGCUACGAUCCCUUUUCCUGUAGCUCCGUGUUUUCCGUGGGAUUUUGGAAUUCCAUCUGAGAGGUUCCUCAGAACACUGGGGGCAUUUUUGGGAAUUGCUGAGCGGGACAUGGAGCUCGUCCGGAGUUCCUCAGGAAGUUCAAGAAUUCGGGAAUUUUCAUUUUUCCCCAGCUCCAGCCCAUCCGGCGUUUCAACAAUUCCAUCCCAGAGGUUUUUCCAGCUCUCCCUGGGCUGGAAUUCCCAGAGAAGCUGUGGCUGCCUCUGGAUCCCUGGAAUGUCCAAGGCCAGCUUGGAGCAGCCUGGGACAGUGGAAGGUUCCUAUGGAAUGGGAUGAGCUUUAAGGUCCUUCCCACCAAACCAUUCCACGAUUCCAUGAUCCCACCGGCUGCGUGAUGCAAACUCCCGGAUGGACUUUGGGAAUUCCCACUGCUCCCGUUCCGUGGUGGGGCUGAUCCCAAUCCCAAAAUCCUGGGCACAAGGACAACACCCAUCCCCAUCUUUCCAUUGCUUUCAUUUUUUGAGGCUUUUCCUUCAUUUCUCACCGAUCCCGCAGUGAUUUUUCCCGGCUUUAAUCCGCGCGCUCCGGUCGGAUCCAUCCAUCCGGUGGACAGCGGAGGAGAAAUUCCAAUACCAAAGGUAGCAGAGGGGAAUUUUUUCCAAGUCCAUGGAAACGCAACGGACACAAACCCACCCCAAACCUGGGAUCCCUUCCCAAAAAUCUGCUCCGUCCUCCCCCCGGCGCGUUCCUUCCAUCGUUUUCCCAGCUGGAAAACCCGGAGAGCUCCUUGGGUGCUGCUCCAGGAUGGUUUUGGUGCCUUACAGAGGCCGGAAUUCCUCUUGGUUGGGUUUUUUGGGAAUUGGUGCCACCGGUGGGGUUGGAGCGCGGCAGAUUUUCCCGCUCCGGAAGCGCGGGAUGGGCGUUCCAAGGUUGUCCCUCCUGUCCCACAGCUUCUCCUUCCGUCACCUUCUGGUGGCCUUAGGCAGGUGGAGCUUCCAGGAAUCCCCAGAGGCCGUAAAUCCAUGGAGAAUCCAUGGGGAUAUUCCUGAUAUUCCUUAAAUUCCUUAAAUUAUGUUGGAAGAGGAUCCUUGACCAUGCCAGCAGCGCCCAAAACUUCGUGGAAUUCAUUCCAAUUUGGGAUUUUUUGGUUCAUUUUUCCAUCUUCAAGCUCCCAAGAUCAGCUUCGAUCCCAGAUUUUCCUCUGGAGAUCCAUUGGCCCUUCCCAUGGGAUCCUUUCUCCAUGGACACCGCUGGAAGUUUGGGGUGGAGCAUUCCAAGGUUGUCCUUCCAUCACCAGAGGCUGUAAAUCCAUGGGGAAUUCCUGGUAUUCCUUAAAUUCCAUUUGUGCACUGGAAGAGGGCCCUUGGCCGUGGAGCCGAUCCCCGAAACUUCUUGGAAUUCAUUCCGGUUUAGGAUUUCUUUGUUCAUUUUUCCAUCUUCAAACUCCCAGAGAUCUUUGGGACCAGGAUCAGCUUCCAUCCCAGAUUUUCACCCGCAGAUCCAUUGGCUCUUCCCGUGGGAUCCCCUCUCCGUGGCUCCCCCACCCCAACAACACAAGCACAACCCUCCCUGGGAUCCGGAAUUCCCUGGGAUCCGGAAUUCCCUGGGAUCUGGCAUUCCCUGGGAUCCGGCAUUCCCUGGGAUCUGGCAUUCCCUGGGAUCCGGAAUUCCCUGGGAUCCCGGCGUUCCCUGGGAUCCGGAAUUCCCUGGGAUCCCGCAUUCCCUGGGAUCCGGCAUUCCCUGGGAUCCCGCAUUCCCUGGAAUCCGCUCAUUCCCGUUCUCCUCCUCCCCGGGCGUGGCUUGGCUGGGAUUUCGUUGGAUUUUCCGGGAUUUUCCCGAGGAUCCCGAUGGAAAAUAUGCAAUAAUUUGUUUACAGGAUGCUCCGGGCAGGGCGCUCCUUUAAGCACAAUGUGCACAGGAUAGUUUUGUAUUCCGCCCCUCCGGAAUUUUUUGGCGGGAAGAGGUUCUCCUACGUUUCUAUGGGACAUUGGGAAUGCUUGGAAAGCUUUCUAAGAGUGGGAAAUAAAUUUUUUUAUCUUAAGGAAAAAAA